AAAUACACGUGUAAACCCUGGCGUUUACAGAAGAUGAAAGACAUCGACAUAGGAAAAGAGUAUAUUAUACCCAGUCCAGGGUAUAGAAGUGUGAGGGAGAGAGCCAACUCAGUGCAGCAUGAAGAGCAGGAAGGGUCAAAAUUUCAGCAUGCUAAACACAAGAUUGAAUGCCAGGAUGCCUUGGAAGCGGCUGCUCGGGCGGAGGGUCUGCCGCUGGACACCUCCGUGCAUUCCCAGCUGCGAAUGCUGGACGAAGAGCAUCACAAGGGCAAGUACCACCACGGCCUGAAUGCACUGAAACCCAUCCGGACCACUUCCAAACACCAGCACCCUGUUGAUAAUGCUGGGCUUUUCUCCUGCAUGACCUUUUCCUGGCUCACUCCUUUGGCCCACAGAGCGUACAAGAAAGGGGAAUUGUUUAUGGAUGAUGUAUGGUCUUUAUCAAGGCAUGAGUCUUCAGAUGUUAAUUGUAGAAGACUGGAGAGAUUGUGGCAGGAAGAACUGAAAGAAAGUGGACCCGAUGACGCUUCUCUCCGGAGGGUUGUGUGGAUUUUCUGCCGCACCAGGCUCAUCAUUUCCAUAGUGUGUCUGAUGAUCACGCAGCUCGCGGGUUUUAGUGGACCAGCAUUUGUUCUGAAACAUCUUUUGGAGUAUACCCAGCAGAGCGAGUCCAACCUGCAGUACAGCUUGUUUUUAGUUUUUGGCAUCUUUAUGACGGAAGUAGUGCGAUCUUGGUCCCUUGCACUGACCUGGGCUUUGAAUUACCGCACGGGGGUUAGACUGCGUGGAGCUAUCUUGACAAUGGCAUUUAAGAAAAUUCUUAAGCUGAAGAACAUCAAGGAGAAGUCUCUUGGAGAGCUCAUAAAUGUGUGUUCCAACGAUGGUCAAAGGAUGUUUGAAGCUGCAGCAGUUGGCAGUUUGUUGGCUGGGGGCCCUAUUGUGGCCAUCUUAGGAAUGGUUUAUAACGUCAUUAUUCUGGGUCCAACGGGCUUCUUGGGCUCCGCUGUCUUCAUUCUUUUCUACCCUGCAAUGAUGUUUGUGUCGCGCCUCACAGCUUAUUUCAGAAGAAAAUGUGUGUCAACAACAGAUGAGCGUGUGCAAAAGAUGAACGAAGUUCUCAAUUACAUUAAGUUCAUUAAAAUGUAUGCCUGGGUCAAACCGUUUUCUCAGAACGUUCAAAAAAUUCGUGAGGAAGAACGUAAAAUCUUGGAGCGUGCGGGCUACUUCCAGAGCAUCACUGUGGGUGUGGCUCCCAUAGUUGUAGUCAUUGCCAGUGUGGUCACCUUUUCUGUCCAUAUGAUCCUUGGCUACGAUCUUACAGCAGCUCAGGCAUUCACAGUGGUCACUGUCUUUAAUUCAAUGACUUUUGCUCUAAAAGUAACACCAUUCUCAGUGAAGUCUCUCUCCGAGGCAUCUGUUUCUAUGGACAGAUUUAAG